AUGUUCUUCGUGGGGUCUAGGAGCACACCCACUGGCAGCGUGGAGGAUGCAGCCAUCGAGGCGGCCUGUGAGAGGCUCAGACAGGCAGGUAUGGCAAGCGGGGUGCGCGAGGGAAGGGCAACAGGAGGAGGAGGACUGGAGCUUGCAGCAUCAACUGCACCAGCAACACGGCCUCCUGCUCCCAGUGUUGCCGCUGUCUCGGCCCUGGCUGGGUCUUCUCUUGGCAGGAGCGGUUCCACCGGCAACAGUGAUUGGCUCAAUCCUGGCCUCGUUUCUGUCAACGGCAGUGCGAUGCUGAGCAGCGGUCCUUCUGGCCUCGUGCCUGUAACCACAGACCCCGCUCUUGGUCUCUUCACGUAUCGGGUUGCUUGCAUCUUGCAGUGGCUUCGGAUCUACGGCUCAUAUUUCAUCUCCACAACGAUGUGCUGCAAGAACAACCCACAGGGAAGGGUCCUGCCCAUGCUCCACCCGGUUCGAGAUCUUCCGAACCUGUUGGCCAGGUUCGGCGCCGUUCUCCAGCCUACGGUCGGAAGCAGCUGCUUUCCUGAAUGGGAGGAGUGGCCCCAGGGGGACGAAGCUACUAUGAACUUUCCUGAUGACCCAAGCACCAGAUGUUUCUGGCUGGGCCGUGCGGAUGGCAGACAGGGUCUCGAGAACAAUGGCCAUCCUUCAGCUGCAAUGCAGCAGGGAAGAACCCGGAAAACGCGGAAAGCUCCCAGCAAAGAACCGCUUCCUCCUCCUCGGAGCGAUAUGCGUCCCAUCCUGCGCUGCAGGGCAGAUGCGGACUUGAUAGUUGAGUUUGCCGGUAUGCUCUUUGAGCCACCGGUGUGCGCCCACUGCAGCGCAUGCAUCGUCACAUACACUCUCCUAGUCCCCUUUGUCGCUCUCGUUGCCAACUUCGCCUACCGCCCCGCCUCCGUCCUUCUCGACCACUUCGUCUCCGUCUUCCCGCCCCACACCGCUGAGUUUCACGAUGUUGUUCCGGUCUCCUUCCUGCUCGCCCUUGCCCUUUUCUUCCCUAAGGAGCUCUUGCAGCAGAGUGGGAUUCAAGGCGAGCUGAACUCGUGGGCUGCUGGAAGAGGCUAUGGGGCGAAAGGGAAGGCUGGCAGGAGGAGGGCGAGGAGUGGGGACUGUGUGGACGGUGGGGAAGUGGGGGGAGGUGGGCUUGGUGAAGGUGAUCGUGGGGGUGUGUGGGAGGAGGUGCAGUCAUGGUCCGUGGUGGCAAUGCUACCGGCCGGUGCCAUGGAGGGAGGCGGGCCCGCCUGCAGCGGCAGCCAGGCAAUGAAGCGUGCUACAACCGCACACAAGAGAUUGAUUGCCAAUAUGUUUGACUGCUCUCUGCUUCCCAGGUUCUGUGAAGACGUGAAGCACAUGAGCGGGCGUGGCAGUGCCUGUGGCAGUAGCGGCAGCAAACGGAAGAGCAAGAAAGCGGAGGAGGCGGCUUAUUUGAAGGCAUGGCCGGGGGGAGUCAAUCUGGUGGCUUGUCUGCGAGAGAUGCUGCUGGGGGAGCCUUGCUACCAACCGGCCUCCGAUGCUGCUUGCUCCACCUCAAGUGCUGUAAGCACCCGUGCUGCGUCGUCAGUUGCUGCAUCAGGAUGCUCAGCUACUGCUGCACUUCUUCUGACGAGUCAACCACUAUCGCUGCACUGA